CAAAGUAUUUAGAAGUCUCUAGGACAGGCGAACUCAAUAGGCUACCUGACACACAUGUCCAUGAGAUGUACAAGUAAAGCUAUGAAAAAGGCAAUAUGUCUCAAUAAAACUUUUGGUCUAAAGCCUGGAUUCACAGGUAACGUACAGUAAGUUUUAGGCCUACAAAAAACUGAAGGAACCAAAUGCACGUGGUUCCGCUUGGACUUCUGGGUAAAGACAGUCGCUCUCAACACGGCGCCAUUUUCGGCUGCAGGCACUGUUUGGGAAGUUACUGUUUUAGUCUUGAAAUUGUUUGAUUUACCAAAAUAUAGUGAUAAGAAAUGGGGCGAAAGAAGAAGAAGCAGAUGAAACCUUGGUGCUGGUAUUGCAACAGAGACUUCGAUGAUGAAAAGAUUCUCAUUCAGCAUCAAAAGGCGAAACAUUUCAAGUGCCACAUUUGUCAUAAAAAGCUGUACACUGGACCUGGCUUAGCUAUACAUUGUAUGCAGGUGCACAAAGAAACAAUCGAUGGGGUACCCAACGCUAUCCCAGGUAGAACGGACAUAGAGCUGGAAAUCUACGGCAUGGAAGGCAUUCCAGAAAAAGAUAUGCAAGACAGACGGCGUGUGCUUGAGCAAAAAACACAAGAAAACCAGAAGAAGAAAAAUAACCAAGAUGACUCUGAUGAGGAGGACGAUGACGAGCCUGGACCUUCCUUUCAGCAACCAGUCGCCCAGCCGCAGCCUGGAUACGUUCCCCCGAUGGCUCAGCCCGGCAUGCCCCCGGGCGCCAGGCCACAGGGCAUGCCCCCCGCCGGCUACUCAGGAAUGCCCCCGAUGAUGCCCGGCAUGCCACCCAUGAUGCAUGGGAUGCCACCAGGGAUGCCAGGCAUGCCACCAGGGAUGAUGCCCAUGCAUGGUGGUAUGAUGCCACAUGGUCCUGGGAUGCCUGGUAUGCCCAUGAUGCCAGGAAUGCCUCCAGGUAUGCCACCCCAUGUCGUCCGUCCCGGAAUGCCUCCCAUGGGUCCGGCUGCCCCGGGCACAGCCCCUGGAAUGCCCGCCAGGCCUGCGGUGCCCCCCGUCACCGCCCCAUCCGCUGUCACUAAGCCCCUGUUCCCCAGCGCUGCUCAGGCUCAGCAGGCAGCAGCAGGGCCGGCCUCCUCGGCCCCCUCCACAGAGCCUCCCAAAGCAACAUUCCCUGCCUACACCCAGGCGGCAGCCGCCUCCUCCUCCGCGCCCGCCAACCCCCCUAGCAGCGCCGUGGCCAAGCCCCCUGCCACGGUCUCAAGUAAGCCCGCCACUCUCACCACCACGAGUGCAACCAGUAAGUUGAUGCAUCCAGAUGAGGAUAUCUCGCUGGAGGAGCGGCGGGCGCAGCUGGCUAGAUAUUCUCGGCUCAUUCCGCGUCCCGGCCAAGCUAGCAUGGCCGCCGCCCCAGCUGGAGCUGUGGCGGGCAUGAUGCCCCCUCAGCAGGGCAUGCCCCCCCAGCAGCCGGGCAUGAGGCACCCCAUGCACGGUCAGUAUGGCACACCUCCACAGGGUAUGCCAGGCUACAUGCCUGGUGGGAUGCCCCCAUAUGGACAGGGAGCGCCCAUGGUGCCACCCUACCAGGGGGGACCACCAGGGUCAAUGGCAAUGAGGCCUCCGGUCAUGUCACCCGGUGGACGAUACUGAUGCAAGCUGUCUUACUAGGUUUGGAGCUUAAACGUUUUCCCCCUCUAGUGUUUUUUUUUUGUUUUGUUUUUUUUAAUUAGCCAAACCAAUGAACUGUGUUUGAGGGGGAAAAAUGCAGCGAAGAGGAAAACUACACACGGAACUCGGAUCAGCCAUGGCACGCCCCAGUGGAGCAGGGGGACAGGAGAAUGGGGAGAGAGGAACUCUUCAGGUUAACACAUGUGUGGAUUCUCUUCUCUCCUUCAGGUUGUUUAAAGACAGUGUAGUGCAAAGUAUAGUGUAUGGCAGCGCCCCCUCUCCCCCCAUACACACCCGGAGUAGCUCGACUGUGCCACCAGUAUCCAGGCAAGUUCUACCAGUGGAAUGUGUCUCUUACUCUUAGGUGAAGCCUUCACAGCACCCUUUCAGUGCUGUUGGACUGCAGGUCCCCAACAUUAUGCUUGGUGAGGGCUUCCAGUUGAUGGUUCAUUUGUGUCUCCUGUAUACAGUAAUUCAGGGUUAAAUGUCUAUACCUCUGUACUGUUUUUUUGGAUAAUACAUUGUAAUAAAAAUUUGCUUAAUUUGG